UGAGGCUCAUUCGCCAUUUUGUGUCUCGAGAGUCGCUUUGUUGAGGACGAAGCAGCACUUCAUGAUUGCGAAUUUGAAGGAAUAAUUAUUUGAGUCCCGUAGCAGUACGUUGAUUGUUAGCAGUUAGACGUAUAUAUUACAAGGACAGUAACUCGCUUAGGAGCUAGCCAACUGUUGAAUAGAGUGGCUUUCUUCUUGACUAGCUAGCAUUGAUUCUGGCUAGCAUAGCUAGGCAAACAGCUUUAGUUAGCAACAGCUCAAGAAACGUCGACCAAUCGACGCAUAUAAUUAAACGUUUCUCUUAAUUUGAUAUUAUCAAACCACAACACUGACGACCACCGUGCAAGACUCGAAGACCGAGGAGAUGGCGAGCUCCGUGGGAAACGUGGCUGACAGCACAGAACCGACAAAACAACGUAUGCUUUCCUUCCAAGGGUUGGCCGAGCUGGCGCACCGGGAGUACCAGUCGGGUGACUUUGAGGCUGCCGAGCGCCACUGUAUGCAGCUGUGGAGGCAGGAGCCCGACAACACGGGCGUGCUGCUGUUGCUCUCCUCCAUCCACUUCCAGUGUCGCAGGCUCGACAGAUCUGCCCACUUCAGCACCUUGGCCAUCAAGCAGAAUUCUAUGCUGGCUGAGGCCUACUCCAACCUGGGCAACGUUUACAAGGAGCGCGGCCAGUUGCAGGAGGCUAUAGAGCACUACCGCCAUGCGCUGCGGCUGAAACCAGACUUCAUCGAUGGGUACAUCAACCUGGCAGCAGCCCUGGUGGCAGCGGGGGACAUGGAGGGAGCCGUCCAGGCCUAUGUAUCAGCCCUACAGUACAACCCUGAUCUGUACUGUGUCCGCAGCGACCUGGGGAACUUGCUCAAAGCCCUGGGGCGUUUGGAAGAGGCUAAGGCGUGUUACCUGAAGGCUAUUGAGACUCAGCCUAACUUUGCGGUGGCUUGGAGCAACCUAGGUUGUGUGUUCAACGCCCAGGGAGAGAUAUGGUUGGCCAUACACCACUUUGAGAAGGCUGUGACUCUGGAUCCCAACUUCCUGGAUGCCUACAUCAACUUGGGCAACGUUCUGAAAGAGGCUCGCAUCUUUGACAGAGCGGUGGCUGGCUACCUGCGUGCCCUCAGCCUGAGCCCCAACCAUGCCGUCGUCCACGGCAACCUGGCGUGCGUCUACUACGAGCAGGGUCUUAUCGACCUGGCCAUUGACACGUACCGCCGCGCCAUCGAGCUGCAGCCCCACUUCCCUGACGCCUACUGUAACCUGGCCAACGCCCUCAAGGAGAAGGGCAAUGUAAGGAAGAACACGGUAUCCGAGGCUGAGGAGUGUUACAACACGGCUCUGCGGCUGUGUCCCACCCACGCAGACUCUCUCAACAACCUGGCCAACAUCAAGAGGGAGCAGGGCAACAUCGAGGACGCCGUCCAGCUCUACAGGAAAGCCCUGGAGGUGUUUCCAGAGUUUGCUGCGGCCCACUCUAACCUGGCCAGUGUUCUGCAGCAGCAAGGGAAACUCCAGGAGGCCCUCAUGCACUACAAGGAGGCCAUCAGAAUCAGCCCUACGUUUGCUGAUGCCUACUCCAACAUGGGCAACACUCUGAAAGAGAUGCAGGAUGUCCAGGGAGCUCUACAGUGUUACACCAGAGCCAUCCAGAUCAACCCUGCCUUCGCUGACGCUCACUCUAACCUGGCCUCCAUACACAAGGACUCUGGUAACAUCCCAGAAGCCAUUGCUUCAUACCGUACAGCCCUGAAACUGAAGCCUGACUUCCCUGAUGCCUACUGCAACCUAGCACACUGCUUGCAGAUUGUGUGUGACUGGACAGACUAUGAUGAGCGUAUGAAGAAGCUGGUGAGCAUCGUGGCUGACCAGUUGGAUAAGAACCGGCUGCCCUCGGUGCACCCCCACCACAGCAUGCUGUACCCCCUCUCGCACGGCUUCCGCAAGGCCAUCGCUGAGAGGCACGGCAACCUCUGUCUGGACAAGGUACAGGCCCUCAUCAAAAUCAAUGCGCUCCACAAGCCGGCCUUUGAGUACCCCAAGGACCUGAAGGCCAGCGCGGGUCGUCUGAGGGUGGGAUAUGUCAGCUCUGACUUCGGGAACCACCCCACCUCCCACCUCAUGCAGUCCAUCCCCGGCAUGCACAACUCUGACAAGUUUGAGGUGUUCUGCUAUGCACUGAGUCCAGAUGACAACACCAACUUUAGGGUUAAAGUGGUGGCCGAGGCACAUCACUUCACUGACCUGUCACAGCUCCCGUGUAAUGGUAAGGCAGCAGACAGGAUCCAUCAGGAUGGACUCCACAUCCUGGUCAAUAUGAACGGCUAUACCAAAGGAGCCCGCAACGAGCUGUUUGCCCUGCGCCCUGCUCCCAUCCAGUGUAUGUGGCUGGGCUACCCAGGGACCAGCGGAGCUCCCUUCAUGGACUACAUUGUGUCAGACAAGGAGACGUCCCCCUUCGAGGUGGCAGAGCAGUACUCUGAGAAACUAGCCUACAUGCCACACACCUUCUUCAUUGGAGACCACGCUAACAUGUUUCCCCACCUCAAGAAAAAGGCGGUGAUUGACUUCAAGUCUAACGGCCACAUCUUUGACAACCGCAUCGUUCUGAAUGGCAUUGACCUCAAGGCCUUCCUGGACAGCCUGCCUGACGUCAAGGUGGUCAAGAUGAAGUGUUCCAUUGGGGAGAGUGGCGCAGCAGAAACCAACGGGGCUCUGUCCAUGCCCGUCAUCCCCAUGAACACAGCAGCUGAGGCCAUCAUCAACAUGAUCAACCAGGGACAGAUACAGGUCACCAUCAAUGGAUUCACCGUCAGCAAUGGACUGGCCACCACACAGCUCAACAACAAGGCGGCUACAGGAGAGGAGGUUCCUCGUACCAUCGUGGUGACAACCCGCUCCCAGUACGGCCUGCCUGAAGACUCCAUCGUCUACUGCAACUUCAACCAGCUCUACAAGAUCGACCCUCCCACCCUGCAGAUGUGGGCCAAUAUCCUGAAGCGUGUUCCCAACAGUGUUCUGUGGUUACUGCGUUUCCCUGCAGUGGGUGAGCCCAACAUCCAACAGUACGCCCAGAACUUCGGCCUGCCCGGCUCCCGCAUCAUCUUCUCUCCCGUGGCGCCCAAGGAGGAACAUGUGAGACGGGGCCAGCUGGCCGACGUGUGUCUGGACACGCCACUCUGUAACGGACACACCACCGGCAUGGACGUCCUCUGGGCCGGGACACCCAUGGUUACAAUGCCAGGUGAGACUCUGGCGUCACGCGUGGCAGCCUCUCAGCUGCAGUGUCUGGGUUGUCCUGAGCUCAUCGCCCACACCAGACAGGAAUAUGAGGACGUGGCUGUCAAACUGGGCUGUGACAUGGAAUAUCUGAAGAUGAUCCGGUCCCGUGUGUGGAAGCAGCGUAUCUGCAGCCCUCUGUUCAACACCAAGCAGUACACUAUGGAUCUGGAGAAGCUCUACCUGCAGAUGUGGGAGCGCCACGCCAGCGGCGGCAAGCCAGACCACCUGGUCAAACUGCAGCCCGUUGAGAGCAGCGAGAGCGCCUGAAGUCCCGGACCCUGGGGUCGUCCCAAAUGGCACCCUAUUCAGUACACUGCUUAUGACCAGGACCUAAAGAGGAUGUGGACCAAGGUAGUGCACUACAAAAAAGGAACAGGGUGCUAUAUGGGAUGCAACCCCCGACCAGAUGUCCCAUCGAUCGAUGCACGCCGCUCCACCCUGACCUCUAACCUCACCACCUGACCCUGUCCACCUCCAGCCGCCCCACCCUGACCUUUAACCUCACCACCUGACCCUGUCCACCUCCAGUCGCUCCACCCUGACCUCUAACCUCACCUCCAGCCGCCCCACCCUGACCUUUAACCUCACCACCUGACCCUGUCCACCUCCAGCCCCUCCAGAGCAGUAGAAGCGCCUGGGCUGGAACUCUGACCCCCACGAACUCUGACCCCCACUUGCCCUUCACUCUACCCCUCCUGCCCAAAGCUUCGUGCCUAUCUGCUCCUCUUUAGCCCCUUUCAACCCUGCUUCCCUCCCCUGUGACUUGGACUCUUGUCUGUUGUAGAGCCUGCAGGUGUGUCCACUGUCUCAUCACCUCAUCCCACCUUCUGCCUCCUCCACUCUAGUCAUAUCCCAUCCAUGUCUGUUUCCCUGAGCCAGACUGAGCCAGAACCACUCUGCUCUUCACCUGAGACUCUUCCCCAAACCACAGCUUCCAUACAGGGUACGAGGGGAGGAACACCCCCUCUCCAUCCAGCGCCUGGAAGACUCCCCCCGUGGCUUCUUCUCUUCUGUGUGUAUAUGGGACUUGUUACACAAGUCUGCAUCAAUGUUUUUUUCUAUCUCAGUGUAAUAAUUUAAUCUGGAGUAAGAGUAUAAAGGGACUGUUGCACCGCAGUCUGAACAUCUAGUAACUCUAGUCUUGAAGUAAAAACGUUGGAUCAGCUUAAACAUGUUGAAACAUUUUGUUUAUAGUCUGUAGCUGCUCUUGGUUUUUCUCAUCUUAGGCUAUUGGUUAUUCAGGAUGAGAGUAGUUUUAUUACAUUUCAGAGAGAAAGAUCAUAACCACUCCCUUCCCUCACCACCACCAAAUGCCAACUUUAAGGAUUUUGUCAUGUUUCAAUGUAAGAAAACAAAAAAAUACUCUCAAUUGCUUUGUCCUCUUGUUCGAUGUCACACUAUGCUGGUUAAAACCAAACCGUAUGGAUAAACUGGACAGACAGGAGUUUGUUGUCAGUACUACCCAUUUGAAAGGCCCUGUAUUUCUUUCACCCUUAGUUAUGCCCACCUCUCCCUACGUGUAAUGAUUGAUUUUAUCACUCAAACCAGGAAUGGCCUAGGUAAGUAUUUUCUAAGCAGUUUUAGUUUUGUACUCAUCUUUCUGUGAACUGUUUUAUUUAAGCUUUGUCUGGUAUGCUGCAAGGCUCUGACUCCAUUUCUGUUGAAAUAAAGAAAAAUAUGGUAAA